AUGAGUACGAUUCACAUCAAAUCGCCGGCAGAGUUCCAGAAGCUCUUGUCGAGCUCCCGCAUUGUUGUUGCAGACUUUUACGCCGAUUGGUGCGGUCCUUGCAAAACCAUCGCGCCCCUCUACGAGCAGCUGUCGUCCAGCCUGUCCCGCAAAGAUGUCGUCACCUUUGUCAAGAUCGAUGUCGAAGCUCAGAAGGAUAUCGCGGCCGCCUACAACGUCACUUCGCUCCCGACCUUCAUGAUCUUUCGCGAAAGCACGAUUAUCGAGAAGGUCCAGGGCGCCGACCCCCGAAAGCUCCAGGAAGUCGUCAAGAAGUUGGUGAAGGAGGUCGAGGGCGGAUCUGCCUCUGGAUCUGGCGAGGGUUCCGGCAGCUCCAGCGGCGGCAGCUGGAGAGGCGCCGCGCUCCCCCGCGGCUACACCGACAUCACGGAUCAGGUCGAGCCCAAGGGCUGCGAGCUUCUGAAUGCCGACGAAGACUUCGGUCCCGUUCGGGUUCUGUUCGACACUUCCAAGCCCAGUGCCCUGGCGAAGAAGACCGGAGUCAAGGACUGGGUUGAGAGCGGUGCUGAUGACCAGCUUCUGCUCUUCAUGCCGUUCCAGUCCAUGCUGAAGUUGCACACCCUUCAGCUCACGUCUCUCCCUCCUGCCGACGACGAUGACGAUGAGGUGCCAAUGCGCCCUGGCACCAUUCACCUUUACCCGAACAGGCCUCACAACCUCGACUUCAGCGAGGCCGACGAUACCCCUCCUACGCAAGCGAUCACUCUCACCGACAAGGAUUGGAACGACGACGGAACGGCCAACAUUGGUCUUCGCUUCGUCAAGUUCCAGAACAUCAACAGCUUGAUUAUCUACGUCGUGAGGGGCGAUGGCGACGGCGAGAAGGUUCGUCUCGACAGAGUGCGCCUGAUCGGCGAGUCUGGAGAGAAGAGAGAGAUGGGCAAGCUGGAGAAGAUCGGCGACGAGGCCGGAGAGUAG